GCCGCGAGUUCAGUGAACCAAGCAAACCCGGCAAUAAAUUAUUGGAUCCCUUUGGCGUUCCCCACUCCUCUCCAUGCCUCCGCCCAAGAGGAAGAAGAAGAAGACCAAGACCAAGAAGAAUUCCAUCCAACCCCGCCCUAAUUCCUUCCCCGCCUCCCCUCCUCCCAUGUCCGGCCUCCAAUCCCCCGUCGAUCCCCUGGAAACCCUCCUCCCCCAUCCCUCGUCGCCGCAAGAAAACUCCCAAUCGCAAUCACCGGCGACCAAGUCUGACAAGGGAGAGGAAGUAUCAGAAGACCCGGCUGCCGCCGAUACGGAAGAAGACGAGCCCCAACUUACCAUGUCUCCGGCCGCCGCCCCACCUACCGACGUCGCCGCGGUCGAUCUCCCGGCAGCGCCGCCCCGCCCCUCGCCUCUCCCUCGGAAACCCCCGGCCAAGCGCAAGAAAGCCCUGUCGAGUAAGCAGCGCGCUGCUGCCAAGCAGAAGCUCGCCCUCCUGACCGCCGGCUUCCGGCCUGUCCCUUUCCCCUCCGAUCACGCCGGGGCCGACGUCGAUCUCGCGGCCCACGAGCCCCUCUUCCGCGCCCUCGCCCUUUGGGACUUCGCCCACCUCCCGCUCGACCGCGACGUCCGCACUGACCUCCUCAUCCCCCUCAUCGCCAACUACGACCCCCCCAAUCGCCGCAGCUUCGUUCAGGACCUCCGAAUCACUGUCAGCCGCGCUGAUCUUGCCCGCGCCCUUAUGCUCCCGGUCAAGAAGGACAAGACUGGCUUCUCGGAGUCUGGCGCUGCUGAUCCCAACCCCGAGAUGUACUCCAGGGAGGAGUCAGCUGCCGCCGUCUUGGGCUUUAUGUCAGGCUUCAUGCUUUUCCCGUUCCAGGAUGAUGCCUGCAUACUACCCGCAGAAGUCAUGGCCGCGCACCUAAUGGUGAAGGAAGGCCAGCCACACAAGGUAGAUUGGGCGGGGUUGAUGUGGAUGCUGGUGGAGAAGGAGCUGCUGGAGGCGCCCAAGUCUGCCGUUUGCCAUUAUGCCUCGCACUUGCAGUGUCUAAUGAAACACCAACAGCCGAGGUUGUUCCAGGAAGCUGAAUGUAAGCUUGAGCCAGUCCCUGAACCUGUGCCUGAGGCUGAGAACUUGGAGGAUGCUGCGAUCGCAGAGGAGGAAGAUGACGCUGAAGAUGUUACAGAGGACGAUGCUGCAAGGAUUAGAAGUUCAGAUGAUGUUGGGGAUGUCGCUGGAGAAAAACAUGAACCAGGGUUAACUUUGGGCUUGGGUGGGGAUCUCGAUAUGACGAAUGACUUUGAACAGUUCAAGGAGGGAGAGGAGCAGUGGCUGCGAGAGGAAGAUAAUGGAGGUACGGAGCAGUGCUUGAGGCGAUGCAAUUCAGCCGGUGUGAGAAGUAUGGAGUUUGAGAAUUUAUGUAAAGAAGACGGGGAAGGAAGGGGAGAAGAAGGGUAUAUUGAUGACCUCUCGGCAAGAUAUGCUUCAUUGGAUAGGCUGUCUUCAUUCGAUAGGUUAACAUCCACAGACCUUCUCCAGGUAAUGGGCAAUGUCAAUAUCUCUUACGGUCAGCCGAUGAAUCCCCUUCUCUCUUCUGGUGAAUUCUUGACAAUGAGUACUGAUGCACAUAAGAACAUUCAUCUAGACCCUAGUCAUGGUAGACCUUACUUCGUUGGAAACAAUGGCAAACGACAAAUCAGUGAGGUCGAUGAUGAAGAUGAUAAUGAUGAUGACCCCCAGCGGUUCUCACAGAACAAUCAGCAAAAAAGGAUCAGGAGUGGUGGAAUUUGGGAGAGUACAUCAUCAGAACUUGAUGCCAUCCUAGAGCAAGUCGAAUUGUAUGUGGGAAAAGCUAGGAUGGUAUCUGCAGAAAAAGAGCAAGCACGCAUGAAUGCGCAACUGCAGUUGCAGUGCAUGAAUGAGAUGCUCCAGCAAAAGGACAGGGUCAUCCAGUCCUUAGAGAAGACAAGGGUAGAAGAGCAACAGAAGUGGCAUCUGGAAGCUUGCCGUUACGAGCAUGAGAUCAAUGUCAUGGCCAACUUGGUCAUUGGUUAUAAGAAGGCAUUGAGGGAAAUACGCGGAGCUUUUGCCGAGUACAGAAAAAAGUACCCACGGGGUGAUGAGCCUCUUUAUCAUGUUGUCGUGGGCUCUGGUGGUUUGGUUCUUUCUGCCAAGGAGUUGGAAAGGCAACGUUUUGAGAAAGAGGAGGAAAUUCGACGCACUGCAAUGGAGAUGAUUAAUGGUUUUGAAAGGGAAUGGAUGCUUAAGCUUGAACAUUAUGAUUCAUCGGUUGUCAUUCUGUUUGGGAGGAUGGUGGAACUCAAAGAAAAGAUGGAACUUCUGAAGGGAAGGUUGGCGAAAUCUGUGACAUCGGAUGCUUAGAUGCUCGAAGAUGCAUGUCAAUCAUCAAUUACUUUUCGAUCCUUUUUUGUGGCAUUAGUCUACUUAAUAUGGCAAAUUAUGUGCUUUUAGUACUUUGGAGCAUAUCCAAUAGUUCUGCAUCAUUUAACUUUUAGUUAGCUGAUUCUAAGUUAAUCUGACAAUCAUAUGCAUGAAUUGAGAAGAUCAUUGCUCUUUAUUAAUGUGUUUCACAAGUAGCAUUGCUAUUCUCAUGCUCA